AUGGAAUAUCACCAAGUUUUAAUAAAGUUUAUAGAUCUUGAAAAUAAUGAAGUUAUAGUAGAUUUCAAUAGAAUUGAAAAAACUAUCACCAAUAGACACCUAUACUUAGAGAAUGACAAGUUACCAAAUUCGAAAGGACAGGUUUGGCAUACCCUGGCGUUGGCCCUAGUUUACCAGAUGACACGAAAACGCACCAUGCCUACUAUCAAUGGGUACCGUUUGUACUCUUCUUACAGAUUUUUAGGUGGGAUGUUUCUCACGUAUGGGACGGACGUACUGAGCUUCACGGAGACCAAUCAAGAAGAACGAACAGACCCGAUGAUUGUGAUAUUUCCGCGAGUCACCAAGUGUUCCUUUCAUACAUAUGGGCCUUCGGGUACAGUUGAGAUCCACGAUCUCAUGUGUGUGCUCGCCCUAAAUAUCAUUAACGAAAAGAUUUAUGUUAUAAUGUGGUUUUGGUUUAUUGUAUUGACUGUCAUUAGUAUAACGGCGUUUAUCUAUCGUCUGUUGAUGUUUUACGUUCCCGUCAUCAGGUCGACAUUGCUAUUCCAAAAGCCUGCGAGUAUGCUGCACUACAAGAAAGUCUUGGACCAAAACGUCUCGAAAAAGUUACAGAUUGGCGAUCUUUUCUUAAUAUACCUCUUGAGUAAAAAUAUGGAGAUGCUCUCCUUUGACUCUCUCCUGGAGGAAUUGUUUCUCCGAUUGAAUGAUCAACACAUCUACCUUCCCGACCAUGAUCAGUCAAAUACUUACAAAGAGAGAGAUGUAUUUGAAAUGAUUAACAGUAAAAAUGACAGUAAAGUAGAUCUUCAAAUAAAUGCUUCACCUGUGUCUCAAAAUAACUUAUUGGAUAUGUCUAACAAAAAUAAGUUUCUUUUCAAUGAAAAUAAUCAGAAUUAA